CAAAUGAAAAUAGUGUGGCGCGAAACCGCGGCGUGGUCGGUCGCCAUUGCCGCGUUCCAUUUUCAAAAUAAGUGCCCAAACUUUUUAAAUCCGCGUCGCCGUGAUAUUACCUAGUGAUGUGACUUAGAGAAAAUAAUUAAAAAGUUAUUAAGUACAUACGUUUAUGAACUGUUUAAAACUAAUAAUAUAAUUAAUUUAUUGCAAAUUAUUGAUGUAUAUAAAGUUUUUGUGUCUACAGUGAGCUAGUUUGUUAAUCGCUGAUGUAAUUAUGGCCAAGGCUGAAUGGAUUCUUAAUACUUAGAGAACAAAUGACAUUUCAAAAUGGCGGUCACCAGUGAUCUUAUAGCACACGACGAGCCUGGGAACACGAAACUCCAUCCUUAUUUGGUUGCCUUAGUGCGGUGGUGUGUGUCCUGCCUCUGGAGCACCGCGAACAUCCUGAUACAUCGCCUGCUGACAGCUCCACCGCCGAUAGCUGUCCUCCCGGCAGCGCGGCGGCCGGCGCGACGCGCGGCCAGCACGGCGCACCUGGACCCGGAGCCGCGCGUGCACUGCGUGGAGCUGCACACGCCCGACGUGCACACACUAGACGUGAUUUUCGUGCACGGCCUUUACGGUUCUCUCGAAAACACAUGGCGACAGGGCGACUGGCGGCCGAAAUACAAGAUUAAACCAGACAAAAUACCACUCGUAGACCCUUCGAACACUUGCAAAUGCGAGAAAGAAACCGAAUUCCGCAACAAAUCCAACCAUAUCGAGAGCAAAAUUGGCGCCGAAACAUUUGACGUUUGCCGAAAUGUCAAAAUAACCGACGAUGAGGCAUUUGUCACGGAAAAAUUUGGUUUAAUGGACCAAGUGGACAUUGUGGACAAUUAUGAGUUGCAGGCAAAUUUCGUUAGAGAUCUAUUUAAGAAGGAAUGUAAAAAUUGUGACGAUAAUUUUAAAGAUAAGAAUAUUACUAAGGUAGAUUUAAAUGAUUGUGAAUGUAAGACAAAAGAAGGGAGUUGUGAGGUGGGCUGUGGUUGUGUCUGUGAUAAAUGCUAUUCUACGUGUUGGCCCAGAGACUGGAUAAAACUGGAUUAUCCCGAGGCGAGGGUUAUAUCUGUGAAUUACACAAGCGACCCGCAUUUAUGGCGACCAUUGUGGGUGAAGGGAUACAAAAGACUUCGUCUCCACGAGCGAGCGGAACAGAUGACCCGCCAGCUCCUGGCUCUGGGCGUGGGGCAGAGGCCCAUCAUCUGGGUGGGGCACUCCAAGGGCGGGCUAUUCGUGAAGCAGAUCUAUUGUGAAGCUUAUGAAGCCUACCUCAAAAUGCAGAAUGAAGCGAUAAAUGACAAUACAGAAGCCAAUAACAAUCCACAAGUAGAUAUCAAACAAGGCAUAGACAAUGAGGAAGUAGACAAUCAUUAUAAUAAGAACAGGGAGCAAAAAAUAAAAUAUGGUGGUGAAAUAUUCGAGUCGAAUGAUAAUAUAGAAGACAAUAAGUUAAAGGGACACGAGAUUGGUGAAGAUACAGCAAAAAUGACUUCAAACAGCGAUGAAGCCGUGUCGGCGUCGCCCGUCGUGGGUCUGUGGCGCAACAGCGCCGGGUUCAUGUUCUACUCGGUACCGCACAGGGGCUCGCCUCUCGCCGACAUCAAGAUGCCGGUAACAGCGCGCAGCGUGGAAUUGCUCGAGAUCAGCAAGGACUGCGCGCUCGUGGUGUCGCUGCAGACGCGCUGGCUGGCGGCGAGCGCAGCGCGGCGGCCCGCCGUGCGCAGUCUGGUCGAGACCGCGCGCACGCUCAUGGCCGUGCUGCGCCUGCGCAUCGUCAGCGCCUCCUCUGCUGACGCUGGUAUCGGCGCGCUGUACGGCGUGUCGGUGGACCACCGCGAGAUCUGCAAGCCGUCCAGCCGUUCCUGUCUGCUCUACACAGAGCUCAUGAGCUUGAUGAACGCUGCACUCAACAAAUGUCAGUGUCAAUAUUGACAAAUGUCAGUAUCAAUAAUAUUACUGGCCUGUUUCCUAACAAAUUACAUUUGUUUCUAAAAGAAUUACGACAGCUUCGGCCGCGCGGUCGUUGCAAUUUUUUAAAAUUUAACAAAGACAAUAAUUACUUUUGAUAGACAUUUAAUUUAUCUCAAGAUAAAUGUUGGCGGUUUUACUAUCUGACUUUAAAGUUAUUAAUUUUUAAUGUGGUAAUGUCGAUUUUAUGAAUGAUUGAUUUCUGAAAUGAUUCCUUUCUUGGUCCUUCGGAGACAAUUGACGGAUCGUAAUGACAGCGCGGCCGCAGCGGUCGAAACGCUCUGAGAACCUGGUAGACAUGAAACGUCAGUUUUAAACAACUAUCAUUUGAAUAGAACAACUGUCACUUGAAUAUUUUAACACAAAAGUGCUCUCUUGAGAUUGAUAAUCGCGGCGCUUAAUGCCGAUGUCAAUUAAAACACCAUAAACCCCGUGCAAAUACGAAACGGUGAAAUAAGGUACCUUUGGUAGAUAAAUAUAAAUAAAUAAAUAUAUUAGAACAAAUCACACAGAUUGAGCUAGCCCCAAAGUAAGUUCGGGACUUGUGUUAUGGGAUACUAACUCAACGAUACUAUAUUUUAUAACAUAUACAUAUAUAGAUAAACAUCCAAGACCCGGGCCAAUCAGAAAAUAUCAUUUUCCAUCAUGACCAGACCGAGACCACUCGGUUCAGAGGCAAGCACUUUAAUUCAAAUUCAAAUCAUUUAUUCAGAAAUUAGACCUUCACAGGUACUUUUUCUAGUCAAUUUUUAUAUUUAUAGUUAUUUCUCACAAGCUACAAACUACUGGAUUUACCACUUCGCCACCGACAUCCUAUAUGCGAAGUAUCAAGUAAAUAUUAUCAUCAUCAGCCUACCCUUAUCACACUUUAUGUGUGGUCGAUACAGCACGUCAGUCUCCUCCACUCCUCCCUGUCUGAUGUUAACCGAUCUGUCACUUCCCUUUUAGCCAUAUCCUGCCUGACGCACUCAAUCCAACUCUUCUUCGGCGUGUCCCUAUUUCUUUUCCCAUUCAAUUUCAAACCCAUAACCUUUCUUACAAUAUAAAUAUUAACAUAAUGUUUAAUAUUAAGGUAAUAAUUAUUAAAUCGGCUGUGAAUUCUAGAUGCUAGGCGUCCAUAAUAGUAUCAAGAAGGAAUAAUAUCAGUUUUGUGUGUGUGUGUGUGUGUGUGUGUGUGUGUGUGUGUGUGUGUGUGUGUGUGUGUGUGUGUAUGUGUGUGUGUGCGUGCGUGCGUGUGUACACACACACACAUAUACACACACCGCACACAACAAACACCGCACACCACGUGGGGUGCGGUGUUUGUUUAAAUGUCAAGAUUACAUUUUCAUAGUUUAUCUUUUUAUGCCCCUUUUCGGAAGUGUUAAUAUUUUCUGGAAACUUUUCAUAAAAGAUCUACCUAAGGUACCCUAUUUUUACCGACCGUUUUUUUAAAUGAAGUUCUUGUGCCGGUUACACCCCUUCGCCGAAGAGAACAGAACCAAUGCGAAGGAACAUACAAAAAGCUCGCAUAUAAACUGCAAUAAAGUUUACAUGCGAGCUUUUUUUAUCGCAAGAGAAAAAAUAUCGCAGCACGCAGCUAACUGUCCCUUUUACUAUCUAAUAUCGUGUACGCGUCGUGUAAAACAGUGAGAACGUGUAGACGCGUGUUUUAUGUUCCGUGGUAGCCCGCCAGACAUGUCGAAACUGCCAAAGUUGCACGAACUGUUUGCCUGAUAGUGUGUGGCCGGCAUAAAAAAUCCUCCGAUUCCUAUAACACUGUUUCAUUCCACAUAUUGUUACGGGACUUUUUUCAUGCGGCUUUCUCAUUUUCUUUGUUCAUACGGCGGUUCAACUCGGACAUACGCCGAUGCUAAUGCGUGACCAUUGCGUAGUCAGUAUGAGUGCCUUUAUUUAUCGCAAUGAAAAACAAACAAUGUAUACCGGUAAUCGGCGAACUGGUCCGCGGUAGCGUGGAGCCGGCUUCGCAUCACAUACUAAUUGUACAUUUCAUUGAAAAAGUAUUUUUUACUUCCAUAUUUUGAGAUAACUUUAUUGUAUCAAUAAAAUAAUUAAUAUCAUGUUA